AUGGGUUCCUCAUUGUCCGUUGAACAACAAGCCUUUUCUCAAGACCUCCUCUUUCUACUCACUAAAGAAGGACACUCUGUUACAAAGAAGGAGGUUGAAGAUUUAGUAAAAGCUAUUGAUGAUGUAUGUCCAUGGGUCCCCGAAAGAGGAACCCUUAAGUUGAAGGACUGGGUGAAAAUUGGCGGCCAUCUCCAAGAUCACCCUCGGGUGACGGCCAGAGUUCUGUUUACAUGGUCCAAGGUCCGAGCAUGUUUGAAAGGGCUUACACUGAACAAUAUUUUGUUUAAUCAGCAAAUGGAGGCACACCCGUCAGCUAUGACUUCCCUGCCGCGACUUUUGCUGCCCGCCUCCGCGCCACCUUAUGCCCCAUCUUUAAAAACGGAUGAGCGGCAUUUUGCAUCUCGCAAACCAACUGAUGAUCAUGAUACGGACACUGAGGACCCUGGGUUUCCCUUAGCCCCCGUCAUACAGCCAGACUGCUCGGCCGCCUUUGCAGCAGCUGUUUCCGCCGCAGUCCUGGAAGAAGGGGACAUUACUAACAAAGAGAAAGAAAGGAUGAAGGAGAAAGAAAAAGACGCCCGCUACACCAAUGGGCACCUCUUCACUUCCAUCACUGUUUCCGGCAUGACCAUGUGUUUUGCCUGUAACAAGAGCAUCACAGCCAAAGAGGCGCUGAGUUGUCCCAACUGCAAUGUCACCAUCCACAACCGCUGCAAGGAUACCUUACCAAAUUGUACCAAAGUCAAGCAGAAGCAUCAAAAGGCAGCCUUGCUCAAGAACAAUUCAGCAUUGCAGUCGGUGUCCCUGAGGAACAAAACAACCAUUAGGGAAUGCCCCAGUUCUGCCAUCUACCCCUCAGAGAGCUUCCGCCAGACCCUGCUGGGAUCCCGCCGGGGCCGCCCCACUUUGUCCCUUUCCAAAAGUGUCUCUACCACCAACAUUGCAGGGACUUUCAAUGAUGAAUCUCCCUUGGGCAUCAGAAGAAUCCUGUCCCAGUCCACCGAUUCCCUUAACAUGUGCAACCGAACACUGUCAGUAGAAUCACUCAUUGAUGAAGGAGCUGAAGUCAUCUACAGUCAGCUGAUGAGUGAUUUUGAGAGGGAGAAGGACUUUGAGGCCGAUUCCUGGAGCCUGGCAGUGGACAAUAAUUUUUUGCAGCAGCACAAGAAGGAGGUCAUGAAACGACAAGAUGUCAUUUAUGAGUUGAUUCAGACAGAGCUCCACCAUGUACAGACGCUGAAGAUCAUGACCAACCUCUUCCGGAAGGGAAUGUUGGAAGACCUCCAGAUGGACCCAGCUGUAGUGCAGAGCAUGUUCCCCUGCGUGGACGAGCUCAGUGAAAUCCACGACCGCUUCCUCGUGCAACUCCUUGAGCGCCGCAAGGAGUCGCUAGCCACCGACAGCAACAAGAAUUUUGUCAUCAACCGGCUGGGAGACAUCCUUGUGCAGCAGUUUUCAGGCACCAGUGCCGAGCAAAUGAAAAAGGCCUACUCAGAGUUCUGCAGCCGCCACAGCAAGGCAGUGAAGCUUUACAAAGAACUCUGCCAGAUCCAAAUUGGCACGGCCCUGUGCCUUUAA